UUAUCGCGCACAGCCAACAUUAUCUAGCUGCAUGCGUGCAUGGAGAUACAACUAAAUAGCAGGUAAUGCGUGCUUUCUUUAAAAAGAAAACACUGCACACCGUUAGCAAAAAAAGGCUUUGAGUGCAGUAAAGAAACCAAAUCGGACUUGUCUCCCCCCCCUUUUUUUUGGCAUGUGGGAAGUAGGUUAUGAAAGUGAACUUCAGCUGGCGUUGUUUUUGGGGCAGGGGUGGGAGGAGUGUGCCUGCUCAUAACAGCAGAUCUACAAACGCUGCGCACUGGCCACGCUCAGCCACGGUUCAAGGUUAAAGUGCUUAAAGACCCGCGGAGCGCUUAUUUAACUCCACGCAGCGUCGUUCACCUCUCAUGUCCUCUACAUGGACUUCAUGUUUCACGCUUCCUCAACAGGCGUGGCGUCAACAUGGAUAGUGUGGUUUCAUAGCCGCAGGGUCGUUCUCGCUGUCGGUUUUUCGUAUGGCCGGAGCUUGCUGCAAGUGUCCGCUGUCUCUGUCCGUGUUCAAGCGCUCUCUCUCGGUGGCUCCGCGUGGCUGCGGGUCCGCUCCACGUUCUCUCCUGCACGGGUGGAGGCUCGGGGAGAGGGGCCUGCAGGAGGCCGCCCGACCCUCCAGCGCCCUCAGACCUGCAGGCUUCUACCGACAAACAGCUUUCCUCUGUCUCUCCUGUCAGGAGUCCAUGACUGAGAGUCUGCGGACCUGCUACCUGUACCUGAACCAAACCAGUCGCAGCUUUGCAGCUGUGAUUCAGGCACUGGACGGAGAGUUGAGACAUGCAGUUUGCAUUUUCUACCUGGUUCUGCGUGCACUGGACACAGUGGAGGAUGACAUGACCAUUCCUCUGGACAAGAAGGUUCCCAUGCUCAAUGACUUCCACACCUUCCUGUACCAGGAUGAGUGGUGCUUCACGGAGAGCCAGGAGAAAGAUCGUCAGGUCCUGGAAGACUUCCCAACGAUAUCACUGGAAUUCAGAAACCUCGCUCAGGAAUACAGAGAUGUCAUCUCGGAUAUCUGCCACCGUAUGGGAAUGGGAAUGGCUGAAUUCCUGGAGAAGAAAGUGGGAUCUAUGAAGGAGUGGGACCAGUAUUGUCACUAUGUUGCCGGUCUGGUCGGCAUUGGCCUGUCCCGGCUGUUCUCUGCGUCUCAGCUGGAGGACCCUGAAGUUGGGCGGGACACUGAACUUGCGAACUCCAUGGGCCUGUUUCUCCAAAAGACUAACAUCAUCCGAGACUAUCUAGAGGACACACAAGAGGGACGUGCCUUCUGGCCACGAGAGGCUUGGAGCCAGUUUGCAGGCCGCCUUGAGGAUUUGGCCCAGCCUGAGAAGCUGGAGUCGGCGCUGUCCUGUCUCAACCUGCUGGUCACUGAUGCUCUGCGUCACGUCCCGGAUGUUAUUGCCUACCUGUCCCGCCUGCGCAACCAGAGCGUCUUUAAUUUCUGUGCCAUUCCACAGGUGAUGGCAAUAGCUACACUGUCAACGUGCUACAACAACCCCAUGGUGUUUCAGGGAGUGGUGAAGAUCCGAAAGGGGCAGGCAGUCACUCUCAUGAUGGAAGCCACCAAUAUGAGUGCUGUGCAGACAAUUAUCGCCCAGUACAGCCAGGAGAUAUUACACAAGGUGUCCCUCGCCGACCCGUCUCGGGAAAAGACGCUGCACAUCCUGGCUGUAAUCCGUGAAAAGUCCGCCCUGUCGCAGUCCAGCCUCCGCUCCAGGACCCACCACCUGUCGCCCAUGUACCUUUCUGCUGCUAUGGUGCUCGCUGCCCUCAGCUGGCAGUACCUCAGCACUACAGCGGCACAGGCCCAGGGCACCAGUGACAUGCAGGGACCUUGAACUCAUUUAACCCCCACCUUUUGACUAAAGAAGCCCCCAUGCCCCCUCUGAAUGUCUGGUUCUACAGGAAUUUACAGAUUCACUGUGGCUGUUACAGGAUGAUGGACACUCUAAAGUAUGGCUCUGUUAGCAGGCUGGUGUCAUUAAAUGAUUUGAUCUGUAGCAGUCCAUCCUGUGUCUAGAUAAAUUAUAUACACACAUUGGUAUGUGUGGGUAUAUUCGCCAUAAAUGGUACACUUCCACAGUUCAGGGUGUUUUUGUUUUUUUUUUUGUUUUUUUGUUUUAGUUUGUUUGAAACAUUGUUUGAAUUGUAAUGAUUCAGCAUAUUUGAAUAAUUCAAAACAAACGUUCUCAGUUUAAUCCUGCACAUAUUAGGAUUUUUAUUUGGGGGGGGAGGGGGUUACCAACCACCACCACUUGUUCAAUUGUCUUUUUUUUUUUUUUUUUCUUUUUCUUUUCUCAUAUCACAUCAAACCUAGCUCCAUAUUCCACUUAUGUUUCUAUAGCAGAAACACUAAAGUUACAUUGGUGCACUUUGCAGCGUUUCCGCUGUAUGUUCGACGGCUUCCAAUCACACUAGAACCUUUUCGGUCCUUUUCUGUGUGUUAAUCUGUUUCAUCGUUGUGUUUUUUAAAAUUAAAGAAAAACAAUUAUGUGCAAUAUCAGGGUAGUUUUUAUUACAGAUGAAAAGGGGAAAAUGGAUGUAUUUUCAGGUCCUUUUUAGCAUCAGCAAAAGAGGGAAGAAAAAGGCAUACUGAGACUGCUAGCUAAGUGUCCUUAACACUGCUUUGGUGCGUUGAAAGGCUAGCACAGAGUAACUUUGUACAGAACCAAAGGAGAGCUAAAACAUUGCUAUGUAAUGUGACAUUUUGAUUUGUACAUAUUUGAAGAAAUAAAUAACAAUUAAUCCAG